UGAAUUAGCUGCUGAGUUUGAAUACGUUGGUGUCCAAUGUGCCUAUAUAAUCCACCCGCUUACAACAAACUCAAAACCACAACAGCUUAUCUAGCUAUUAUACCUUAAAUUGUGCAAUAUUAGCAGUGAUUCCUUAACUUGAGGUGGUUAUACUACUUUCUAUAUACUCCAGCUUCAGCUAUGGCAUCAUGGUGUUUUAAUGGCAUGACCGCCCUCGUUACUGGUGGUGGUCGGGGCAUAGGACAAGCAAUAGUAGAAGUAUUAGCAAGUUCUGGAGCAAACGUAUACACGUGUGCAUUGGAACAAGAUGAACUAGAUCAUAGUUUGCAAGAAUGGAAUGAUAAGGGAUAUAAAGUAUCCGGCAUGGCAUGUAACCUAAUGGUGCGAGAGGAGCGUGAGAAGCUCAUGAAGGCCGUUGGUGAUCACUUCAAUGGAAAACUCGACAUUCUUGUAAGCUACAUAAAUUGGAGAUGUUAAUUUAUGGAAAAAUUACAUUAUUUCUGGUCCUCCUUCAGU